AUGCGUCAAGUGUCUCGACGUUCUGUGAGCUUUUGCGAGAUUGCCAAAGGUCAGUUGAUGGCGAACCAUGGCGACGUACUAAAGGCUGAUGUUGAUAGAUACCUUUAUGAGGCAAAUGCGUUGGAUGACCUCGAAGAUGUCUGCAAAGUAAGUCUCUGGGCAGCGGAAAAGAUUCCAAACGAAGAGCAGGCAGCGAAUCUCAUAGCCUGGACAUUGUCACUUCAGGCCAGCAUGUACGAGAGCAUAGGCAAAGUGGAAACCGCCAUUGAUCUCAAUCUGAGAGGAUAUGAGAUGCGUUUGGCGGAGAAGCCGCUCAAGCAUAGCCUGCUAGGUGGCUUCGAGCAGAACCUGGCUUACAACUACAAUACGGCGAACCAACACGAAAAGGCGCUUGAAUGGUUUAUCAAGUCCAAAGACAGAAUAAUUGCUUGGAAUCUUGAAGAGGGGAGAGAAGCGGAUUGGCCGACGGUAACCAAGAAGAACAUGGCACGAUGCCUUGUUUACCUUGGCCAGCAUGCCGAGGCAGAGAAACUGCUCAACGAUUCAAUAACUGAGUUUAAGCAAGAAAAGGUCUUGAACUGGGCCAUGAUCGCCUACGCGUACUUUGUCAAGGGAACCCUCGAGCGAAAAACAAACAGACUCGAGGCGGCGGAAGCUAGCUUUAUUGAAGCGCAGAACCUAUGGAUGCGUGGAGAUCAGACGAGGUUACAUCCUUUCCACGCAGGUUGCAUAUACAAAAUUAGCGUAACCUGCCUCGACCAGGGCAAGAUUGAAGCAGCCGUAAAACACCUCGGCGAAGCUUUGACCAUGACCAAGUUUCAUGCCAAUACCAUGCCCGCCGAGCACGCACGAUGCCUUUUCAAGCUAUCGGAAGCUCUGCUGCAAGAAUCAUACAAUGACGGCGAUAAGGCCAAGGAUUUGAGGGACGACGCGGAAAUGUACCUGUUGCGCAGAGAUGCGCAAGUCACCGAAUUUGGGAGAGAGGAUAGUUAUGAUUUAUUGGUGCCAAUAUUUUGGCGAUAG